UCGGCGGCGGGUGCUGUGGGAGGGGCGGGCCCGGCUGCCCCGAGGCCCCGGUGGCCAACUAUCUCCAGCUGGCUGCCCCCGGCUGGGGCUCCAGAGGGCCACGGGGCCGCCGCCGCGUGACCAGCCAUAGUCACGCUGAGCUUAAUCACUACUGGCUCGUGCUCUCGCCGGCGGCGCUCACCUUCUCCGAACUCCGGGACCCAGAGGGUUUCUCUUAAGGUGGCUUGUUCUGAAAUGCCAAAGGCACCUGACUAUUCAGAACUGGGUGACUCUUGCACGCUUGCUGGGGGAGCAGGAAGAUUUUCGGGACCACUGCACAGAGCAUGGAGAAUGAUGAACUUCCGUCAGCGGAUGGGAUGGAUUGGAGUGGGACUGUAUUUGCUAGCAAGUGCAGCCGCGUUUUACUAUGUUUUUGAAAUCAAUGAGACUUACAACAGGCUGGCUCUGGAACACAUUCAGCAGCACCCCGAAGAGCCUCGGGAAGGAACCACAUGGACACACUCUUUGAAAGUUCGAUUACUUUCCUUGCCCUUUUGGUUGUGGACAGUUAUUUUUUUGAUACCAUAUUUACAGAUGUUUUUGUUUCUUUAUUCUUGCACGAGAGCGGAUCCCAAAACGGUGGGCUACUGUAUCAUCCCCAUAUGCUUGGCAGUCAUCUGCAAUCGCCAUCAGGCGUUUGUCAAGGCUUCUAAUCAGAUCAGCAGACUGCAGCUGAUUGACACAUAAAAACAGUCACCGUUUCCCCCACUUAUUACAAGACUGCCAGUACUGUAUGGAGGCUGACCACAAGACUUUACAGAUCU